AUGGCCCCUAUGAUCAACAUGGUGGAACGAGACAGUAAAUGCUGGAUAUGUUUAUCAUCCGGUGACGAGUAUCCUCCGAUGGGUACACUGAAAGAUGCUCGUGACUGGGUUUACCCGUGUAGCUGCUCGCUGGUAGCUCAUCGGAAAUGUCUUCUGGAAUGGGUCUCACGGAACAAUCUAGAAUACAAGAAUGAGGUUCUUAGCGAACUCAACAGUGACGGCUCUACCAUCGGAUUUGAGUCAUUAAAUGUGUCCGAUGCAUAUUCUUCAGUUCAUUCCAGGAUAGGAUCCUUCAAUCCUUUGAACUGGCUCGGUAUUCGACGUUCAAGCUCGCUGGACGGGCGUUUGUCAUUCAACCCCGCAGAGAUAAGUAAAGUACUUUCCAGCGUGGCUAAUGACGCGAUCGUAAGAAACGUAACAGAUGCAAUGACGGCCGGUGCACAAGAACCGCUACCUAUUGGGCCCUCACUGCGAGGUUCCCGAAAGUUGGUGAUCAAUACCGUGUGCCCACAAUGUAACUCACCUAUUUUACUAAAAACCAGCGGUGGCCUAACAAUACCACUUUCAAUCAUUACGUCAAAAGCAUUCACCUGGUUUGCCAAAGCUUCUACACAAACAACUAUAAUCGGGACGAUAGGAGGGUCGAUACUGUUUAGCUGUGGGUGUCUCCUCACCUCUUGGGGUUUACGAGUAUUGACAACGCUGGCCCCGGAGAGUACAUUACUCAAGCUGUUGGAUCUGCCCAAAGCAUCUAAUUUGUAUCAAGCCCUGCAAAAAAACCAAGUAGGCUUCAAGCAGGUACUAUUGAUGGGACUGGCGCCGAUCUUUCUACUAAGUUUUAGAUUCGAAAAUAAAUUUCUUGGCUGGCCCAAACGCCUCUACCCUAUUUUGUUCUUGAGGCCAGGCGAAAGCUUGCAUAUGAAUGUGAAACGUUUCCUUCUAUUGCUAUACCCAUUGUCCAUCUUGAAUGACUUUAUUCAGCUCGUUGUCUACAAUCCAUUAUACUUCAAGUGGGUGCACCGCGUGAAGCCUUAUUUUCUUUGUGAUAGGAUGUCUUUGGAACAAUUGAGGCUUUAUGAAGCGGAGCAGGAAUACAUUGAAACGAAACGAGAAGCUGAAAGAAUCAGUCCUCCUCCCAAUGGCUUCCUGUCCAAAUUUUUGAGUUUUUUCAGAAGGAAAACCACCGAAGAACCGUUAAUACAAGGCAUCAAUACACGUCGCUUCCUCAUGGCUACCACAUUCGACUAUUCGCAGGCCCUUGUUGAGACUUCACCUUGGGAGAAAAUUACUUCGACCAUGCUGUGGCCCGUAUCCGGAAAGCUUUUCCAUACCUUCAUUCUCUCUAAAUUUUCCUGGUUUAGAUCUACAACCGCACAACAAACAGCCACGCCAGAUGAUGCAUUGUUUUUGGGAAAUUUGAUAGGAUGCUGUGCGGUUGCCAUUUUGAAAGACCUUGUGCACCUCUUUGUUACAUGGCGUCGAGUGAAGCAGCUACAAAGUAUGGAGGUUAUUGAACGUAUGUCACCAGAAUGGGAGUAUACUCUGAAUAGAAAAACCGGCCAGGUACUUUCUCAACUGGGUUUGUUAACAGAAGACGAGGAAUCGUCCGCGAUCUUAGAAGAGCACAUCAAUACUAUGCUCCCGAAGCUGUAUCAAGAACAGUGGGUCAAUGUUUCAAGCAGCAUCCCAACAAUGGCUGGAAAAGUGAAUUUUUUCAGAUAUUUGGUUAUGAAAAUGAGCAUCGAAAGAUCAGCUACCUAUCAACUAUCUAGAAGAUGA